AUGGCUGUGUACUUCAUGUAUGCAGUUGUCCAUGGAGAAUACAGCACAAAAGAGCAACAAUGUGAAGUCUCUGCUAGCUACUGCUAUGUAAAGGGAUCAGACUCUUCAAGCAGCAAAACAAUUGAGCAAAUUACCAUUUCUGAAGAUGGAAACCUCAGAAUCAUCAAUGUGACUAAAUCUGAUGCUGGAAGUUACACCUGCAUAGCCACAAACCAUUUUGGAAGUGCCAGCAGUACUGGGAAUGUGAUUGUGAAAGACCCAACAAAGGUGAUGGUCCCUCCUUCCAGCAUGGAUGUCACUGUGGGAGAAAGCAUUGUUCUUCCAUGUCAGGUGACACACGAUCACUCCCUGGACAUUGUGUUUACUUGGACAUUUAAUGGACACUUGAUAGACUUUGACAAAGAUGGAGACCACUUUGAAAGAGUUGGAGGGGAUUCAGCUGGUGAUUUGAUGAUCCGAAACAUCCAACUGAAGCAUGCUGGGAAGUACGUCUGCAUGGUCCAAACAAGUGUAGACAAACUCUCUGCUGCUGCAGACCUGAUUGUAAGAGGUCCUCCAGGUCCUCCUGAGGCUGUGACCAUAGAUGAAAUCACAGACACCACUGCUCAGCUUUCCUGGAGACCAGGACCUGACAACCACAGCCCCAUCACCAUGUAUGUAAUCCAAGCUAGGACUCCAUUUUCCGUGGGCUGGCAAGCAGUCAAUACAGUUCCAGAACUCGUCGAUGGGAAAACAUUCACAGCAACUGUGGUGGGUUUGAAUCCCUGGGUUGAAUAUGAAUUCCGCACUGUUGCAGCUAAUGUGAUUGGCAUUGGGGAACCCAGCCGGCCCUCAGAGAAACGGAGGACAGAAGAGGCUCUCCCUGAAGUCACCCCGGCUAACGUCAGUGGUGGUGGAGGCAGCAAAUCUGAACUGGUUAUAACCUGGGAGACAGUCCCUGAGGAGUUACAGAAUGGCAGAGGCUUUGGUUACGUGGUUGCCUUCCGGCCACAUGGCAAAAUGAUCUGGAUGCUGACUGUGCUGGCUUCAGCUGAUGCCUCCAGAUACGUGUUCAGGAAUGAGAGUGUUCGUCCAUUCUCUCCCUUUGAGGUUAAAGUGGGUGUCUUCAAUAACAAAGGGGAAGGUCCUUUCAGUCCCACCACGCUGGUGUAUUCUGCUGAAGAAGAACCCACCAAGCCACCAGCCAGUAUCUUCGCCAGGAGUCUUUCUGCCACAGAUAUUGAAGUUUUCUGGGCCUCCCCUAUUGGAAAGAACAGAGGACGGAUUCAAGGUUACGAGGUAAAAUAUUGGAGACAUGAUGACAAGGAAGAGAACGCUAGAAAGAUACGAACAGUUGGAAAUCAGACAUCCACAAAAAUCACCAACUUGAAAGGAAGUGCUCUGUAUCACGUAUCUGUCAAGGCAUAUAACUCAGCUGGGACAGGACCCUCCAGUGCAACAGUCAAUGUCACGACCAGAAAGCCACCACCAAGCCAGCCCCCUGGAAACAUCAUAUGGAAUUCAUCGGACUCCAAAAUUAUCCUGAACUGGGAUCAAGUGAAGGCCCUGGAUAAUGAGUCAGAAGUAAAAGGAUACAAAGUCUUGUACAGAUGGAACAGGCAAAGCAGCACAUCUGUCAUUGAAACAAACAAGACAUCAGUGGAGCUUUCUUUACCUUUCGAUGAAGAUUACAUCAUAGAGAUCAAGCCAUUCAGUGAUGGAGGAGAUGGCAGCAGCAGUGAGCAAAUCCGAAUCCCAAAGAUAUCAAAUUCCUAUGCAAGAGGAUCUGGGGCUUCUACCUCCAAUGCGUGUACGCUGUCAGCCAUCAGUACAAUAAUGAUUUCUCUCACAGCCAGGUCUAGUUUAUGACAAAAGUUAUCUGAAGGACUUGCUAUUUAUAAUAUAAGCAACAUUUAGCUAGUUGUUUUGAAGACACCCAGUACUAAGUAAUAUUGUUGUUCAAGUACAUCUUAUUACUGGAAAAAAAAAAUGUUUUUUGCUUCGUUAGGAAUGGCAUUAUACAGUACUUCCUCAAAGCAAAUCUAGCUUUGUCUGAAGUUUCUUUGGAAACUCUGCAAUGCACUGAAGACAUCUGUAAUAUGAUGUUACCAAAGCAGUUUACAUAUGUCCUUAUAUGCAUAUUUUUUAUUAUAUAUUUAGUGUUUUAUAGAAUUUUUUAAAGUUAACAUAUAAUGUAGAUAUUGGUUUUUUUUCUUCCUCUGCUGUAAAAUGCUCUGGGCAACACAAACCACACAAUUAUGAUUUGAGCCGAUUUCCUUUAAGGGCAGAGUUUGAAACUCAUCACAGCAAAUGAAUUACAAAUGACUUGUACAGUUUUACAAGGAUCCAGUGUCAAAACAGCUGGAGACUGGGUCUGUAACUCAAGGCUGCUGUAUAUAAAUUAUCCUUUGAAUGGUUAAUGCAUUGAAUCGAGUCCCCUUGACAUAUGUGAUAUGUUUUCCCACCCUGUUGUGAAUUUUGUUGUUGAACACAAUUUGAGAUGGUUUCAGGAACUACACAUCCCAAAAGCUAAACUUCCCAGUCCAAGAGGUACCUUGUGCAAUUCUCCCAUCCCUGAACUUAGCAUCAUCUGAUAAGACUUUAUUUGAGCAUCGUCUUUGUAGUAGCAUUAUCUUAGGCAUUGAAUUUGAAACUACAUAUCCUGUAGUAACAUAGAUGAAAAGUUACUAUAGUCAAACAAGUCUUUCAUGGCAUAAAAGGUAAUUUUACUCUUUAGACAUAUCUGUUUUGAAUGUAAAUUUUUUAAUAAUUCUGUCAAUGCAUUUAUAAUUUCAAAUUUUCUUAUAGAUAACAUGUGUAACUGUAAUGAUAGAACCCUUCUUUUGAAUGACAAUAACAUAUGUAAUUUGAAAUUUUUUCCUAUUUUAGCAAAUAGCUGCUGCAAAGAAUUUUACAUAUAACUCUAUAAAUUAUCCGUAGUACAGAUGUAUUGUAUCUUGAUGUCUCUCCCAUUUUUCAGUAGCUACUCUGGUUGCUUUAUAAGCUUUGCAUUCUACAUCUUAAAAAUCAUACAAUGAAAGAUGGCAAUAUUGACAAACCUUAUUCUUAUGUAAAGAACUAUUUAUUAUGAUGGGGGAUGUUUUGUAAGCUGACAAGGGUGGAACAUAAAAGGCAAUGAGAUUUUCUAUAAAGCGUUGCACAUGAAAACACAGAGUCACCUUUUUCUUCUUUCUUGGAGAGCUCACGAUUGCCUGUAAUUUGUCACUUUUGCUUACACAUAACAUAGCCUUUCAACGAGCUAACUAUAUUCAUCCAAUAAAGGCAUCAUUGAUUCCAUUUGUGUAAAAAUUAGGAUGGUAACAGGGAAAAUAUUGUCAGUAUUUCAGCUGUGUUCCUUUCUUUCUUUGAUAUGGCUUACUUCUAUGUUAAAAUACGAUUUAAAAUCACAUGCAAAAAAAUCAACAAAGUAAUAAAAUGAAUGAAAAAAUUCUGAUACCCCAGGUAGUUCCCAACCCCAGUGUAAAUGAUAUCUACCAGUGAUCUAGCAUAUGUAAUCUUUUUUAAAGGUAUUGUUAAUA